AUGAAUAUAAGUGACGACAUGUUUCAGCCUAUGUUUGACGAAGUUGCAAAUAUAAAACCAAAUGAAAUUCACCUAAAUCUUAGAAAGGAGACCAUCUGUCAGGAAGUCCCAGAUGAUUCGAAAAAAGACGAUGAUGAAGAAAAAUCAAAUGGAUUGGCAGAUAGCAGAACGGUAUUUGUGGAAGGACCACUUUCGACGGAAGAUGAAGAAACGAAGAUGUUUGAAAAUGGGCAGGGCUAUGAUAAAGAAGGCAAUGAAAAGGAAAUCCCAGAUGAUGCGAAAAAAGACGAUGAUGAAGAAAAAUCAAAUGGAUUGACAGAUAGCAGAACGGUAUUUGUGGAAGGACCACUUUCGACGGAAGAUGAAGAAACGAAGAUGUUUGAAAAUGGACAGGGCUAUGAUAAAGAAAGCAAUGAAAAGAAAGUCCCAGAUGAUUCGAAAAAAGACGAUGAUGAAGAAAAAUCAAAUGGAUUGACAGAUAGCAGAACGGUAUUUGUGGAAGGACCACUUUCGACGGAAGAUGAAGAAACGAAGGUGUUUGAAAAUGGGCAGGGCUAUGAUAAAGAAAGCAAUGAAAAGGAAGUCCCAGAUGAUUCGAAAAAAGACGAUGAUGAAGAAAAAUCAAAUGGAUUGGCAGAUAGCAGAACGGUAUUUGUGGAAGGACCACUUUCGACGGAAGAUGAAGAAACGAAGAUGUUUGAAAAUGGGCAGGGCUAUGAUAAAGAAGGCAAUGAAAAGGAAGUCCCAGAUUAUGCGAAAAAAGACGAUGAUGAAGGAAAAUCAAAUGGAUUGACAGAUAGCAGAACGGUAUUUGUGGAAGGACCACUUUCGACGGAAGAUGAAGAAAUGAAGAUGUUUGAAAAUGGGCAGGGCUAUGAUAAAGAAGGCAAUGAAAAGGAAGUCCCAGAUGAUGCGAAGAAAGACGAUGAUGAAGAAAAAUCAAAUGGAUUGACAGAUAGCAGAACGGUAUUUGUGGAAGGACCACUUUCAACGGAAGAUGAAGAAACGAAGAUGUUUGAAAAUGAGCAGGGCUAUGAUAAAGAAAGCAAUGAAAAUGAAGUCCCAGAUGAUGCGAAGAAAGACGAUGAUGAAGAAAAAUCAAAUGGAUUGACAGAUAGCAGAACGGUAUUUGUGGAAGGACCACUUUCGAUGGAAGAUGAAGAAACGAAGAUGUUUGAAAAUGGGCAGGGCUAUGAUAAAGAAAGCAAUGAAAAUGAAGUCCCAGAUGAUGCGAAGAAAGACGAUGAUGAAGAAAAAUCAAAUGGAUUGACAGAUAGCAGAACGGUAUUUGUGGAAGGACCACUUUCGACGGAAGAUGAAGAAACGAAGAUGUUUGAAAAUGGGCAGGGCUAUGAUAAAGAAAGCAAUGAAAAGGAAGUCCCAGAUGAUGCGAAAAAAGACGAUGAUGAAGAAAAAUCAAAUGGUUUGACAGAUAGCAGAACGGUAUUCGUGGAAGGACCACUUUCGACGGAAGAUGAAGAAUCGAAGAUGUUUGAAAAUGGGCAGGGCUAUGAUAAAGAAGGCAAUGAAAAGGAAGUCCCAGAUGAUGCGAAAAAAGACGAUGAUGAAGAAAAAUCAAAUGGAUUGACAGAUAGCAGAACGGUAUUCGUGGAAGGACCACUUUCGACGGAAGAUGAAGAAACGAAGAUGUUUGAAAAUGGGCAGGGCUAUGAUAAAGAAGGCAUUGAAAAGGAAGUACCAGAUGAUGCGAAGAAAGACGAUGAUGAAGAAAAAUCAAAUGGAUUGACAGAUAGCAGAACGGUAUUUGUAGAAGGACCACUUUCGACGGAAGAUGAAGAAACGAAGAUAUAG